AUGCCUCAGUCUGAAGCUUCUCAAGCUGUUCUGAAUGGGAAAAAAUUCCUCCGCGAUAGAAGAACAUUAAUUCUAGGCUUAAGUCCCGGUAAUCCGUACUACUAUAGCUUGGAUGUUUUGGAACGUCUCUUUGGUUUUGCAAGGCAGAACUCGGAGAAGGUAGGGUAACGCCUUUCACUCUUCCUUAACUUUCCUAAAUUGAUAUGCUUGUUUUCCUGGAUAGGCGUCUGUUGUUCGCACGCGCACUCUUGCAGCUCUAACACUGAGUUUGUUCUCGUCAGGUGUUAUUGUUCAUCCCUGACAAGAUAUCUGAACAUAACUUCAGAGCUGUCGGAUCCAAAAACCCGGAGAAAUCAGCUCGUAUCAAAGCCAACCGCCUAAGGAACAAAUGCAAUGAAGCUGUCAGAAAUAGCGGCCUUUGCCAUACUUCGCAUAGUUACAUUAGAUGGACAGAGGAGGUGGAAACAUGUCCAAAAUUCUUUGAAGCCUACAGUUAUAUCCAAGAACUGUACCAAACAAAUGAAGUUUUCCGAACGGAUAUUUCACAGUCCACGGAAGAAGCUUUGAGAAGCUUAAAAAACGGGCGAGAAAAGUCGGGAGAGGGAUUUAACAAAGAGAACGAAACCGAAGAUGUACUUGACUUAGAAGAAGGAGAGAAAUAUUUGUUAAAAGAACUUGCCUUUCUGGCAGCGGUACCUAAUAUUUAUGAAAAUUGUGAAGAAUUUGUUUUCGUGUAUCACCGUUCAUGGCCGGUUCUAGAGAAGUUCUUUGAAGGCCAUUACGAUGAUAUUGUGAAACCUUCUUUAGGUUUUGUUAUCAGUGACUGGUAA